AUGCUGUCAGCUGCUUCCUGGCAUCCGCGGCAUCUGCUGGGCAUCCCCGCCGGGCUGCAGCGGGGCCGUGCUCCCGGCACCGAGGAUGCAGACGCCUGCGCGCUCUGCCGGGACCUCAGCACUUCAGCAGUCCUCCCUCCCGUGCUGUCAUUUAUCAUCUUCAUCUGCUAUAUUGCAUCUCUAGCUGCCUCUUUCAUGGUGGCACCACUCUUAGAGUUUCUGCUGGCACUGUUUCUUUUUUUCGCCUACGCCACCAAAAUUAAUGAGAAGUUGAAAGGACCCUGCUGGCCUUUGACGGAUUUCUUGCGGUGCAUCACUGCUGCCAUUAUUUACUUUGCCAUUUCAAUUGCUGCUGUCUCAAAAUACAAAGACGGAGCAUCUAAAGCAGCAGGAGUGUUUGGAUUUAAAGCCACGAUAGUGUAUGCCAUUGAUUUCUACAUAACCUUCAAUGACCUGGUUACUUCUCUCAAGCAAGGCAGUGCUGAUGCCCCUGAAGGGCGCAAGUCAGAAGAUGAGGACUCAGAUUCUGACUCGGACUGA